AGGCAGGCAGGGAGGGAGCAAGCGAACGGUGCCUCGGGCGCGGAGAGGGGCGGCGGGGACCCUGGACAGCGCUGGGACGGGGCGCCCGGCCGGGACUGCGGGGCGCUCGGGGCGCGGCCGGGGCCGGGGCUCUCUCCGGCCGGGCGUUGAUCGGUGCCGAGCCCCGGGAUCGGGAAGCCAUCUCCCCUCAGCGCCGCGAGCCCCGUGUGCGCCGUGCCCCGAGCCAGAUACGGGCGUGAGCGGAACAGGCAUCGAUUCGGGGCUGGAAGCGCUCUGGGAGCCCGUUGAGGGCUCCAGCCACGAGGGGUACCUCCGGCGGCCUUUGUGCAUUGUGAGGCUUUCUAAGAAUUCGCGAACUGCUGGUGCUCGUCAAGCUAAUUAAACCCAUUCAGGCUGCUGUUACUGCGUUAUGCUUAGGGGCACACAUUUUUUUCCUGUGGUGAUUUAUAGCUACCAAGAACCUUCCACAGUGGUUGCCUUAUUGACUUAUUAUUCUGGCAUCUUCGGCUCUUGUUAGUAAACAGAAGAGAACUAUUAAAUGCAGAGCUAAGUACUUCUAAUCUCAAGAGAGACUUCGUACAGUAUGUUCUGUACAAAACUGAAAGACUUGAAGAUCACAGGAGAAUGUCCUUUCUCCUUACUGACUCAAAGUCACAUUACUGAGGAACAUGACAAGGACUGCACAGAAAACAGCUCUAGAGCAGCUUUGCCCAUCUGCAAAGAAGUCCAUGAAAAAGAUGGUCAAGGAGACCUUCCACAAAGGAAAACAAGCAGAAGUAGAGUGUACCUUCACACACUAACUGAAAGCAUCUGCAAACUAAUCUUUCCUGAGUUUGAAAGGCUAAACCUUGCACUGCAGAGAACACUUGCAAAACACAGAGUAAAAGAAACCAGAAAAACUGGUGAUAGAGAAGAUUUUGAAAAAAUAAUCAGUGAUCAUGCUAAUGCAGCAGGUGUUCCUGUGGAGUCUCUACGGGAAUCUCUUGGUGAAGAGCUAUUCAAAAUAUGCUAUGAAGAGGAUGAACACAUAUUAGGGGUUAUUGGAGGUACCCUUAAGGACUUCUUGAAUAGUUUCACUACUCUGCUGAAGCAGAGUGGCCACAGCCAAGAAGCAGGAAAAAAGGACAGACUUGAAGAUGCCUCCAUAUUAUGCCUGGAGAAAGAUCAGGACUUCUUAAAUGUUUAUUAUUUCUUUCCUAAGAAAAUCACAAGUCUUAUUCUACCUGGUAUCAUUAAAGCAGCAGCUCAUAUUUUGUAUGAAACUGAGGUGGAAGUGAUGCUCAUGCCUCCUUGUUUCCAUAAUGACUGCACUGAGUUUGCUAAUCAGCCUUAUUUGCUGUAUUCUAUACAAGUCAAAAGUACAAAACCUUCCUUAUCUCCAUGUAAACCACAGUCUUCACUUGUGAUUCCUGCCUCUGUGUUCUGUAAGACUUUCCCAUUUCAUUUUAUGUUUGACAAGGAUAUGUCAGUUCUUCAAAUUGGAAAUGGGAUAAGAAGACUUUUGACCAGGAGAGAAUUUCAAGCUAAGCCAAAUUUUGAACAGUAUUUCGAAAUUCUCACCCCCAAAGUAAGCUGCACUUUUAGUGGAAUAAUGACAAUGCUAAAUAUGCAGUUUACUGUACGAGUUAGAAGAUGGGAUAAUACUGAUAUGAAACUGUCCAUGGUUAUGGAUCUUAAAGGUCAAAUGAUCUAUAAUUUUGAAUCCAGUGCCAUUCUGUUCUUGGGAUCUCCCUGUGUGGACAGACUAGAAGAUUUUACAGGACGUGGAUUGUACCUCUCCGAUAUUCCUAUUCACAAUGCUUUAAGAGAUGUUGUUCUGAUAGGAGAGCAGGCCAGAGCCCAGAAUGGACUGAAGAAGAGGUUAGGAAAGCUAAAAGCAACCCUUGAGCAGGCCCAUCAAGCACUUGAAGAAGAGAAGAAGAAGACUGUAGAUCUUCUGUUUUCAAUUUUUCCUGGAGAGGUUGCUCAGCAGCUGUGGCAAGGACAAGUUGUACAAGCCAAGAAAUUUAAUAAUGUCACAAUGCUUUUUUCUGACAUUGUUGGAUUCACUGCCAUCUGUUCCCAAUGCUCACCUAUGCAGGUUAUCACUAUGCUUAAUGAGCUUUAUACUCGAUUUGAUUACCAAUGUGGAGAGCUAGAUGUCUACAAGGUUGAGACUAUUGGAGAUGCCUACUGUGUUGCUGGAGGCUUACACAAAGAAAGUGAAACACAUGCUGUUCAAAUAGCGCUGAUGGCCCUGAAGAUGAUGGAACUGUCAGACGAGGUGGUGUCUCCCCAUGGAGAGCCUAUCAAGAUACGUAUUGGCCUUCAUUCCGGAUCCGUCUUUGCUGGAGUUGUUGGGGUUAAAAUGCCUCGUUAUUGCCUUUUUGGAAAUAAUGUAACCCUUGCCAAUAAGUUUGAGUCUUGCAGUAUACCUAGAAAAAUAAAUGUCAGCCCAACAACUUACAGAUUGUUAAAGGAAUACCCAGGUUUUGUGUUCACACCACGAUCAAGAGAGGAGCUUCCACCAAAUUUUCCGAGUGAUAUCCCUGGAAUUUGCUAUUUUCUGGAUGCUUAUAUUCAAAGAACAAGCUCACAGACUUGUUUUCCAAAGAGAGAUUUGGGAGAUGGCAAUGCCAAUUUUUUUCAGUGAAGAAACAGGAAUAGACUAAAUCAUACGUUCACAAAUGUAUAGAAUAAAUUUAUAAAUAUUUGGAUUUUUUUAAUAUAAAUUGAAAAUUUUUAAAACUAUAUGAAACAUGAAAGCACUUUAGAUUGUUAACACCUGAAAGCUAGUAUUAAAAUUUCAGGAAGUAUGUCACUUUAUUUUUCUUUUGCAUAAGGAACAUAGUCACUAAAGUAAUAUUGCAACGUCACUGUUGGAAAUGCUACUAUAAACUGUAUUUUCCCUGUGGUAAUUUGUAAGUGCUGCAGUUCUCUCUAUACUGAGAAUUCUAGAUGUAUUGUAUACGCAGUUUGUCAAGAAAUGUAAUGUGCAAGUGAUGCAGCCACAUGCAGUGUUGUGAGCUGGUGCUUAUCAAUGACUAUGCAAAUGUAUUUUCUUAGAGAUUCCAUAAGAAAAUGUCCAUUAAAAUAUUGUCACUGCCAUCACAUACUCCUUCCAGUGCAUCAUUUGGGCCCCAUCCUAGAAGGCUGCUGACCAUCUUCUCACACUGACUGGUCAAAGUAUGAGGGUGCUCAGCAUUUUCUGGAUCAGGCUGCUAAUCGUAGCUAAUACACAUGAAUAGCAGAGUUGCUGCUUACUGGUUCAUGAACUUUAUUUUGUGUAUAAAAUGAAUAUAGAUUAAAGCACUGUAUAAUCACAUACUAACAUCUCUGUAAUCAUCAAACUAUUUUAGUUCUUAGGGUUUUUAAAGUACUUAAUAAUAUCCACUUGUUAUUAUGUAUUACAGCAAUAAAUGUUUUCUUUUUGUUGUCA